AUGGAGAUUGGAUUAUUUGGUGGAGAGGAUAUACUAGUCUCAGAAGAACUGAAAGGAUCAUUAAAGACAUCAGUUUCAGGACUAGGAGCAAAAGGUUGUCCUGCCUUUUAUGAUGUCUUCACAAAAUUGGCCUUGGGACUCAGGGAACCAUUGUUUGCGGCCCUUGAUGUAGUCAGUGCUACUGAAGCGGAGAAGGUCGCCUUUGGAAAAAUCCAGGAUUGCUACAAUGAAGGAGGACUCAAAGCCAAGACAUUGGACGCUACUGCCUUGCCAUUGGAACAUGGCGAGGAUUGUUGGACUUGGUGUCCCCCAUAGCAGACUAAAAACAGAAGUAAAAGGUGCAAACCUGUUAAUGUAAUCAGUCCAUUGAAGAAUCUGUGACGCGUGUGUUAGCAGCAGACUUCACCACUGGUUUGAAGAUCUCAUCCCUCUUUGACAAUGCAUUCCAGGGUGGCAUCAAGUUGUGAACUGUCUUCACUAGGUGGAUUUGGUGGAUCCUGGUAGAAGGAAUCUAGCAUGUUUAUUGUUGGUUUCAUCUAUAUGGUUACUUGGAUUUUCGUAAUCUUUUAGACAAGAAUAACAAAUUUUUUUUGAGAAAUUAGUAUUACUGUGGCAUUUUAUACAUCUUGUGGUUAUACUU